CGCAAGAGAAGAAGGCGCCCCUAACGACUCAAUCAAAACAAACACCAUAUAGUCCGCACAGUCCGGUUCACUGAGCCGUCCGGCAAGGGAACACACGCACACACUGUCAACGAGAGCAGAAAGAAGAAGAGAAAAAAGGAAACGCACAUGUCAUUCUGCCGGGAGAACAAAGCGCAUACAAACGUUCUGGCGCAUCGGGUGUGGACGAACGAGCGAGAAAGACAGAAACCACCUUGUACUACAUAUACAAUACCGCCAAUGCGUGCUGGGUCGGCAGUUCGCAGAAACACCAAACAGUGGCCAGCAGCACUCGCACAGUACGGGCCCAGUGCGCAGGUACCAGGGCCGAGCGUGAAAAUUGCCUCGCAAUCGCAGCCGAGCGGCCGAGGAAAAAAGGGCCCAGCUUUUCUCCAUCACCAAGAACAGCGCGCGGGGUCGCCUACCGUCAGCCGCAUCAAGGCAGCCAUCCGGUCAGGAAGCAGAAAACGGGUAAAUCUUCUUUGAGGCAGUGUUACCAGCAAGUGCCCCGCAGAAAUCUUCCAAGCGACGUAGACAUCUCACGAGUAAGGAUGUGCACCUUCGGCUAGCUUCAACGUCGCAGAGGUCGUAUGGUGCAGGCCCGUCCGCGCUUCGCUGUGGUGUAGCACGAGCCGUGUAGCCGACAAGCCCAACCCCUUUCCUUGUUCCUUCCCUCCAAAAACCACCACACAGCCCCACAGUGACGAGCGCCGCGAAACACCGCACCCCGGACGCACCCAAGAUGGAUGAUCUGCUACAGGCCGGCCACGUGGUAAAGGAAAGAUGGAAGGUGCUGAAAAAGAUAGGCGGCGGCGGGUUCGGCGAGAUCUACGAGGGUCAAGAUUUGAUCACCCGGGAGCAGGUCGCGCUGAAGGUCGAAUCCGCCCGGCAACCGAAGCAGGUACUCAAGAUGGAGGUGGCCGUGCUGAAGAAGCUGCAAGGCAAGGAACACAUCUGUCGGUUCAUCGGGUGCGGGCGUAACGAUCGAUUCAAUUACGUGGUGAUGCAGCUGCAGGGCAAAAAUUUGGCCGAGCUGCGGCGCUCGCAGGCACGCGGUGCCUUCUCACUCAGCACAACGCUGCGCAUUGGCCUCCAAAUACUGAAAUCGAUCGAAUCCAUCCAUUCGGUCGGCUUCCUUCAUCGUGAUAUCAAACCAAGUAACUUUGCCAUAGGAAGACUACCGCUCACUAGUCGUAGAAUCUACAUGUUGGACUUCGGCUUAGCUAGGCAGUACACUACCGGUACGGGUGAGGUGCGAUGUCCCCGAGCUGCGGCAGGAUUCCGCGGGACCGUAAGGUACGCUUCGUUAAACGCGCACAAAAAUCGUGAAAUGGGCCGCCAGGACGAUCUGUGGUCGUUGUUCUAUAUGCUUGUUGAGUUUGUUACCGGCCAGCUUCCAUGGCGUAAAAUUAAGGAUAAAGAGCAAGUUGGAAUGUUGAAAGAGAAAUAUGAUCAUCGUUUGCUACUCAAGCACUUGCCUUCGGAUUUCAAAUACUUCUUAGAGCAUAUUCAAUCCCUUAAUUACGCCGAUAAGCCGGAUUAUGCAAUGCUGAUCUCUCUGUUCGAACGAUGCAUGAAGCGUCGUGGCGUGAAGGAAACGGACCCGUUCGACUGGGAAAACAACGCCGACUACAAUGCCGGCGAAGCCAAAGCUAUCAACGCAGCCGUACCAAAGAGUGAACUAAUCAAAAAACACAAGGAUAUCGAAAUGACCGAGGAGAAACGCAAACCAAUGAUGGAUUCAGCGAAAGUGCUCCACACGGAACCGAUCGAAUCGAUUAAACCGCAGAACGUUGUGAAUGCGGGCGUGGGUGGUGGGGGUGUUGCCGCGGCAAACGCUGCCGCCAAAGCCGCCCUAAACCAUGCGGACCAGCACGAACCGAACGAGGCGAAGAUACAGCAGGAAACUAAAACGGACGCUGCACUUCCAGCGAUUGAGAUGGUGGUCGUAAAGGGUCUAAUAAGUUUUCCUAUUCACCAGAACGAGAUACCGCUGGUGCGGGCGCACACGGAAGUGAUGACCAAGCCGGCGAAGCACGGCAGCAACCGGUUGCGAAUACUGACAGCGCCCCCGGUCAACAUCAAAGAUUUCUCCUCCUCGCUCGAUAAGCAGCAACAGUCGCAGCAGCAUCACUCAUCGUCGCAGCAGCAGCAGCAGCAGGGCCAGCAGCAGCAAUCGCACCACCAUCACCAUCACCAUCCGCUGCACGCCUCGAGUGACGCGAACAAUCUGUCGAUGGAGCUAAAGUCGAAGCUGCUAAAGACCGAGGCGGACGACCUUUCGUACGCACCGGGCGACGGUAUACUGCGCGAACUCGUGCAACACUGUCAGCCCGGUGGUGGUUCCCAGAAGCACCAUGACCAGCACGGGCAAUCGGCUUCCCUGCAGCGGCAAAGCCUCACGCUCGGCGGGAAAAGUCUCCGGUCGUACGGUAGCUCGACGACGGCCACGAGCAACAACAACAAGUACGGCGGGGGCCGGAACGACGACAAAAGCUGCCGGGACUACUCGAUCACGCAGCACGCGAUCAUCGACGACGACAAUGCCAGCCAGCACCAGACGCCCAAGUACCAGGGUGCGCUCACGUUGGCCUCGCAGUGGAAGAGCCAGUUCGACGAUUCGGACGACUCGACCGACGGCCUCUGGAAGGGCGAACAACAUUCCGAAAAUGCAUCGAAGAAAAACUACACUAACCUCAACAAGAGCAGCAUCGCCGCCGUCGCGGCCACCCAGAAGGAGUCGGCGCUUCCUCCCCAGCCGCCCCCGCCACCACCGUCCCAGCCACCCCAACCACUGAACGGUACCGGUGUGGGGGUCGUUGGGGGUGGGGUUGGCAGUACGCAACUUGCUGGCAUCGUCACCAACACCCCUACCAGUGCCGCGUCCCGGAACGGGCAGCACGAGCAGGGUGAGAAUAACAAUGGGAUCUCGCAGCAUCCGCCACAACCGCCGCCACCGCCGUCCGACUGUGAUGAGGUUGCCGUACCGCCGAACGACUACACGGCGACGAUCGGAGGCAAGCUGGCCGCCCUGGUCGGCUCACCACCUCCCACCACCAUCCUUCCCGACCCGGAACCGGUGGUCGAUGCCGUAAGCCUGCUGCCGUGCGUCGGCCUCCACACACCGGAUAAGGUGGGAGCGGGGGUGGAGCAGGUGGAGCCGGCGGAGGAGCCGGUAGAUGGUGAGAAGGUGACGGUGGUGGUACCAGCGGAAGCAACGGAACACCCGAACGAGCAUGUGGGAGAAGCAGAAGAGGAGGAAGAGGAGGGGGACGAGCAGGGGGAGGAGGAGGAGGAGGAGGAGGAAGAAGAAGAGCAGGAAAAGGGGGGGUAUGGGGCGGGAAGCGGCGCAAACGGUGCGCCGAUGAUCGUCAGCGUCGGCAGUCUGGUGGGAGGCUUCGAGGCGGUGGCGGCGGCCGCAGCGGCAGCAGCCGUUACCGCCACACCCGUUACCGCCGGCGGCAACGCGGAACUAUCUAGUAAUCUUAAAUCUUAAAGCUCUCUCUCACGAAACGCAACACACACAUACAAGGACACAAACACAAACUACACUCCUUUCUCGAAGCUAGAGCGUUUUGAUUUGCCUAAAGAGACAGCAGCAGCAGCAGCAGCAGCAACAACAAAAAAUCUACAGCAUGAUGAGCUUACAGGCUAAAAAAAGAGAGAGAGAGAAAGAGAGACAAAAAGAAGAAGCAGAGAGAGAGAGAGGAAUAAGCCAUCGUGAUGGUGUUAGAAAGGACACAGAAGGAAGGAUAUGCGCGGUGGUGUGCGUGUGUGAGAACACCAUGGUGACCAUUUGCGCCGCACCAGGAACCGAUUGAUUUGGUUUGUUGAGUGUUUUUUUGGUGCAAAAUAUAUUUGGAGUCCCACCUUCUACGCCCAGAUGCUGGGACUCUUCUAGUCCUUGGUCACGUUCUCGCACACACACACACACACACUUCCUACUAUUGUCCGUUGGAGUGUUGUAUGAGUGCAAUAUUUAAGACAGAAACCAACACACACACACUCAGAGAGACACGAAUACAUACAAACUACUGGGAAGAUCUCUUAUACUCUCUAUCAACUAACCCCCCCCCCCUCCCCCCGCCCACUCCCCCUUCCCUUCGUUCUCCUCAUCAUCUGGCCUAGUUGCUAAGCGGUUCGAACGUUCGACGACCUCUAUGGGAUAUCAGCAAACCUCCACUAUUUAAAUACAAACAAAACGAUCUCGCAAAAUGGGGCUGGGGUAAACAGAUACUAAGGUUAGCAAAGGUGCGGUGAGCAAUAAAACGGGAGGGAAAAAAGGGGUGGAGGGGCGGGGGUGGUAUGUGGGAAAAAACCGCCGGAGAAGAAUCUUAUAAACACACCCACGCACACACAUACAAGCCAGCAGCAUCGAAUGAUUGGAUCGAGGAAAAUGGACGAGAUAGACCAAGACAUACACAUACACACAAAAUAUUAGUAACAACAAACGUUGCGUUGUUUUAACAAAGAUGCAAACACACACACACACUCAAACAGAAAAUAUAAGAAAAAAAACAUUAAUUCAAUACCAAUCCGAACAAGAGAGAAAGAGAGAGAAAACCCAUGACAAAAGCGAAAAAGCAACGUGUGACGGAAGAAGAAGAAAGGAAGAAAAUAACAAAGUAUGAAAAGAAACAAAAUUGCGUACCAUUACAUUUACAUUUACCACACAUAUACAACAAGUCUAAGGAAAGAAGCAAACAACAACAACAGCAAAAAAGCAACCAAAACUAAAAACGUAAACAUGUGAAUGCGAUAAAUGCGAAGAAAAAAAAAGGCAACAACACCCACACAAAUAAGCAGGACGAGAAAGGUAGAAGCGAACAGGAGGAGAAACUGUGAGCAGACAAGGAAUGGAGGGUGGGGGGAAAAAGAGGAAAACUAAGAAACUGAAACAAAACUGAAAUUAACCGCUGACAAAGAGGAAGAAGAGCGAAAAACGGAUUAAGCGAAUAAAUCAAUGAUAACACAAUACUAA